AGUGAGCAGGAAAAUGGCCGUUGAUUGGUUCGGCAUUGAAAGCAACGGAGAAAAAUAAUUUCAAUUCAAUUGAAGCAAUAAAAAAUGUUGGUUUGAUGCAAAAUUUUCUAUUUCUCAUCCCCUUUACGGCAAAGACCAUCAAGAAGUUCCUCCCCAACGACCCUGAGUGCUCCCUUCAGGCAUUUGACUCAGGAUUUAGAGUACAUAAUGGCCGAAGCAGUGGGGAAUAGGGGUGUAAACUUAGUGAGAAUAUUGCAAGAAAGAGCAUUGUCCAAGAAGGGAAAGGAAGAGGAAAGGCAACUGCAAAAUAUUCUUGAACAAAAGCAACAAGAAGAUACUGUUGUUCCUUAUCUUCCUAAAGAUUGUGUCUCAAAUAUCCUUGUUCGACUGCCUAUUGAGUCUCUAAUUCCAAAGUCAAUGUUGGUAUGUAAGCCAUGGUACAACAUAAUUACCAGCCCCACUUUCAUUAAUUCCCAUUUUAGUCAAUCUGAAUCUGUGUUGGUCUUUCAAAGAGCUGUGGUAGACGAAGGACAACCAAAUCAUCCAGCUCCCAUUCUUCCGUUUGGGGGAUUGACAUUCAACAGGACAUCAAAAUUCAGUAUCCAGUUUAUUGAAUUUAAAGAGGGAAAUAGCAGGUUAGCAAAGUACAAGAUAAGCUGCUCAGGCAAGAUUAGAGCUUCAUGCAAUGGUCUACUUUUGAUGGAUAGUGCAAUGAAGAGAGGAGGUCUUAUGGUUGUGAAUCCUAUCACCAGAAAGUGGAUUUUCCUUCCUGUAGGAAGUUUAGUUCCCCCUCAUGCUGAAUCUUAUGGCUUUGCAUACAGUGAUGUUACUGGCGAUUAUAAAGUAGUGCAUUUGUUUCGGGAUGAGUUGGGAUAUAUGAAUUGUGAGAUACUAAAUGUUGGGGCAAAAUACUGGAAAGAAGUGAAUGGACCUGCUUUUGGCCUCUUUGGCUGGCUUGGAUACAUACCUGUUUCAGCCAUCAGAGCUUUGCAUUGGAUUCCUCAGAUUGAUCAUAGUGACUAUUUAGUGUCUUUGGAACUGGCCAACGAGAAAUUUCACAAAGUGCCUCUGCCCAAGAGCUGUAGAACUCAUGACAGGAUUCUGGAAAUGGGCAGAUUCCUUUCUUUUGUUGCACAUGAAGAACUGGACAUAGACAUUUGGAUUCUGAAGGGUCUACAUGAUGAGGCCUGGACCAAACACCAUUGUAUCAGAACUAUUGGUUGUGUCCUUGAUAUGGUCCCAAUUUUAAGUUUGAAAAUUGGUGAAGAUAUGAUCUUCACGAGGGAGGAAGAUGAUGGAGAGAAUUCAUCCAUGCCAGAAGGAAUGGGUAGGUAUCUGGCAUUCGGCGCAAACUAACCAAAAAAAUUUUAGACAUAAUCAGAAGUUUGGAAAGGAAUCUAAACAACCACUAGAGGAAUUGCCAGAGUGCUACAGUGGACUUGUUUGUCUGUAGUCCAACUAUAAUUUUAUUUUGUUUUAAAUAUAAUUGAGAAGAAAUGGCAAGAUUAGAUUUGUUGAUUGUUAUUAUUUAUAAUCUAAAUACUUUAAUACAUCAAUGUUUUUGCU